AUGAAGGGUGUUCAAUAUGACAAAUAUUAUAAGCCGCAGGAACAACAGUGGAACCGAAUGGUCAUCGACACAUUAAAGACUACCCAAGCUCGAUAUAUGCUACAACCUGCAAAGAACUGUGAAAAUGAUUAG